CUUGGGUUCUUGUUCUAUUUUCAUUUUGUUUGAUAGGAAAUAUGGUCAUAACUUAUUUGAUGAAGAUAAUUCUGUUGUUAUCUCUGUAUGACUAAGUCUACAGUUUAUAAUUAGACUUAAAAUUGAACAUUUUCUGUGAACAAGAUACUAUUACAACGUACAAAUUAAUCGAAUAGGCUAGCUAAGUGUAAUUGUUUUCCAUUACUAACUUACUUUUUGGAUUCCAUAAAAAUGUCUAAAGCUACUAGCCCUACACGUUUUAAUGGUGACAGAGAUCAUUUUUACGAUCCCACCUUCACCCAAGAAAUCAGCCAAAAGAUGAGGGUCCCAAAGAGGAUUAAAGUAGAUGGAGAGACAGAAGAUAUAAUAACCAAUAAUCUACCUCCGAGUUCUUGGCAGCAGAAUGAUAAGUUUGACAUGCAUGUUCCAGAUCGCAUCCUUGUGAUUGACAACAUUUAUAUGGAUUUGACUCAAGAUUCGAAAAGGGGUUAUUCAGGUCAAGACCAACAUUUUGGCACGAGGGCUCCACCACGAGAACUGCAGCUUGAGAAUUCAGUGAUGCCACCCGAUCCAGGGGUGGUGCGGGUACAGACCCCUCCAAGAGUGAUCAAGCUAGACGAGCACUAUUUCCCGUCAGCAGACGACGAGUUCGCCCCGCAACAGCUGCCCAUGGAGCCUCUCCCAGUGUCCCGUGUUGACCAGAGCAAGGCUAUGGAUGUCUCCGUGGACCAGAGGUCUGCAGCGUUAGCCCAGAGAGAGUUGUAUAGUGUGGAAGGCAUGUCUACAGCUGAGGAGGUGGUACACUUGCGUCGCCAGUUGGCCAAGUUGAAUAGACGAGUGAUGGCAAUGGAACUUCACUCGCAGCAGCAAUGGAACCGAGAGAAAAUACUCUACUUCUCGGUCGCUGCAUACUUUCUGUUAAAAGGACUGGUCUGGCUCAAUCACUGAUGAACGUGAAAUAAAUGUUCGUGUUCUUCGUAGUGACUUUGCAUCGCAAGUCUGCUCUCUCGGCCAUUCGUAUUUCAUACUAGUCUACUUCAAAUCUCACCUUAUCACAACUGAUUUCUUACAACUUAACAAGUAUUUGAAGUAUUGCUGAUUGAUUGUCUAGAGAAGCCUAUAUGUUCGGUAGUUCUUUAGCAUAAGUUUUAAUUUGUUUGUAGUUUAAUAAAUUUUCAAAAUGAAUGGGUUUGAUUGUGUAGCUUUAUUAGUUUUAAGAACGGUUGUUAGCAGUUUUUAUCCUACUUUGAAGUGUUAGUCACUUGAAUUUCUGCCGACCAAGAGCAAGUUAUUCAAGUUUAUGACUCUUUCUUCAGUAUUGAUAUUAUAUAUAAUACAAAUAAAUUAAAAAAAAUGUUAGGCUAAGUAAAUACUGGUUUAACUUAAAAAUUUAUUGGGUAGGUUUUCCAAAUUGAUCUGUAAAAAAAAGAUACAAAACUGUACGUUACUUGGAAAAACUAUUUAAUCUUAAAUAUCAAGACCCUGAUUACUUCUGAAUUAAUUAAAACAUUUUUUCUUGUGGUCAAUGUUCCUUUUGCACAUAACCUAAUAUAAUUUGUCAGAUAAUAGGUUAAUGUGAUGGAGUUAUAAUGGGAUGCAUCAACCAUAACUUGUUCUCUCAUUCAGAAAAUAUUCAGUGACAUUAUUUUUAGCGAAUUUCCCAUAUAGGGAAUAAGCUAUUACCGUAGUACUCAUGGUAAGACCUGGACCCGGGACCGAUUUUUUUUUUCAUUUUGAGGUCCCUAGAGGCCAAAAACACCAUCCGUUCAAA